UGACUGGAUGGAGUUAAUGUUCAGCCAGUAACGUUAUGUGACAGCUAAACUUCAGACUUAGCUCAGAAAACAGACUGGCUGAGAGAUUAACGGUGCACAAUAAGAUCCUGGCAGCAACCUUCUCUCUAUUCCUCAACCACAAAACCACCUUCAGAAAUGGACAGAGUCUACCUGGUGACAGGAGGAUGUGGUUUUAUUGGGGAGAAGAUUGUAGAGCUCCUGUCUCAGCAAGACUACAUCAAAGGAGUCAGAGCUUUUGAUUCAGUAGCAAGAGAAGAAGUAGAAAAAUUCACCACAGCUCUACCACUCGUGACAGUGAUGAAAGGAGACAUUUGAGGGUACAAUCUGCUCCUUGCUGCCAUGCGGGCAGCUCACGUGGUUGUUCACACAGUGGCUGUUGUGGACUACAGAAACACUGUGCCCUUUUGGGAAAUGAGAGCUGUCAGCGUUGGGGGUACUGAAAAUGUGUUAAGGGCCUGCUGUGUCCUGAACAUCCCAUAUGUUGUCUAUACGAGCUCCACUGCUGCAGUGGGACCCAAUACAUCCUGUGAGCUCAGGCAACGAGGGAAUGAGGACACCAAAUACAGUGGGGAAGUGGAGCUGUCUUUUGGGAAGACAAAAGCCACAGCAGAAAAACUUGUAUUUGAAGGCAAUGGAAAAAAGCUACAAGAGGCAAUGCUGAGCAACGGUGGUAAACUCACAACCUGCAUCAUCCCUGCAAACACCAUGUAUGGGAAGAAAGCAAUGUUUCUUCAAGAGCUGUAUUUGCUCAGCAAAGCCAGGAACAGCGUCUUGAACUACCUGGGGCCUGAAAACACAGAGCAGAAUUACACAUAUGUGGGGAACGUGGCACAGAUGCAUGUUCUUGCCGCAAGGAACUUGCGGCUGAAACCAGACUUACUCGCAGGACAAGUGUAAUAUGCCUAUGCUGACACUCCAACACAAAAAAGUCUUCUGAUCAGACAUCUGUUGUCCUCCAUGGACCCCUCAGUGAGACUAGGCUGCCACAUUCCUGACUGGAAGACAUGGUUAAUGACACAAGUGCACAGGAUAAUCAAGGUCAUCCUGUACCCUUUCUGGAAGCCACAGCCUUUCCUGACCUUGCCUUUACUGAAUAUGAUAGUCACCACCUUCUCCUGUGAGACAGACAAAGCCUCCAGGCAUCUUACGUACAAACCCCUCUUCACCUGGGAAGAGAGCAAGCACAGAACAGCACAGCAGUUGAAAGCAGCUGCAAGGAACCUGGAACCCCCCCAGCUUCAUGAAAAGAACAACUAAACAGCAUGUCUGGGGUAAGGAGAGAGCUUAUCACACCAGCAAGUUUCAUCUGAACUGCUCAACAUGCAUUCAUCUUUGGCAGGAAUUUUGCAAACACUGAAAAUCCUGGUACAGAGACAGAGAAGGAGCAACUCUCAGGCUGCAAGUAUGUACCCUUGUCAUGGCAACAACUCAGCCGUUUUAAAUGUCUUAUAAAACACUGUGUGCAUUUGAAGGCAUCCUCUUGCAGCUACGUGCACACAGGCAAACGCCUGGCUGGCCUCACCCCUUCUCAUGGUGACACUGCUGCAUGGAGAUCACUUAUGGGAAUGCGAGAUGGAUUCAGCUGGGAGAUGGUGCUCAGCAAACACACUUAACCAGUUUCAUUCCACAGCCUCCAUCUCUUUCCAUACUCAGCAAAUGGAUCUCUCCCUUGCCAUGGCUCAUACACAUAAUGGGUAUUCAGUGAUAAUUUUAGGGAGAACAAGGAAAGCCCAGCAAGUUCUUGCUCUGUUUUAGGGUUUCAUAUAAUGAAUAAAGAA